AUGCUCCACCUCCGGCAGCGCCGCGAUGCCACGCCGGCCACCACACGGUGGCGCAAUACGUUCGAGGAGAAUCUGGAGCAGUGGCCACACCUCAACGAACUAGUCCAUUGCUACACCACGGAUUGGGUCAAGGAUGAGAACAAGUACGGACACUAUGACUCAGUCGGAACGCCGUCGUUUCAUAACCAGAUAUAUGAAGGCCCCGACACUGACAUUGAGACCGAGAUGCGGCUUGCUGGGGCAAGGCGAAUGAAGGGUGAUGAUAUUAGUGAAGAUGACACACCAAGUACUUCGGGAAGGAAGUUUCCAGAAGGUGCGGAUGGUGACUUGCUGCAUGCAGAUGUUCCAAAGCAUAUUGGUCAAUCUCCCCUUCCUGCUUAUGAACCUGCAUUUGAUUGGGAAAAUGAGAGGGCAUUGAUAUUUGGACAAAGGAUACCAGAAACUCCUAUAACGCAGUAUGGCAUUUAUGCACCAUCUGCUUCAGUUUGUUUGUUAAUCCAGUUAGAGAAGCAUGCUACUGAAGAAGGCGGGGUUACUGCUUCUGUUUACUCACGUAAAGAUCCAGUGCACUUGACUGAGAGAGAGAAGCAAAAACUGCAGGUGUGGUCUAAAAUCAUGCCUUACAAAGAGUCCUUCGCAUGGACCAUUGUAUCAUUAUUUGAUAGCAGUAUUGGUGCAGCUUCGGUAGGGCCUGCUUCCCCAAGCAGCCCUCUUGCUCCAAGUGUAUCUGGUUCAAGUUCUCAUGAAGGUGUUUUUGAGACUAGUGCAAAAAUAUCUUUAGAUGGAAAGCUGAGUUACUCUACGGGAAAUUCUGUGGUAGUUGAGGUUUCUAACUUAAAUAAAGUCAAAGAAUGCUAUAUUGAAGAAUCACUUCAGGAUCCUAAACGCAAGGUGCACAAACCUGUCAAAGGUGUUUUGAGGCUGGAAAUCGAGAAACACCAGAUGUCCCAAGCUGAUCUAGAAAAUGUGUCUGAAAGUGGUAGUAUAACCAAUGAUUCUGUUGACCCAGGGGAUCAUGUUACCGAUUCACUGUCUGGAAAGUAUCCUAGUAAUGGUUGUGAUGAUCCUCAGGGGAGCAACCUCAGGGUAGUAUCUCCAGCUUCUGGAAAUGGAGCAACUCAACAUGGAAAUUCAGAUUUUAAUGCUGAAGAUUUCCAUGCAUUUGACUUCCGCACUACAACAAGAAACGAGCCUUUUUUGCAACUUUUUCACUGCCUGUAUGUGUAUCCGUUGACGUUAAGUUUGGGUAGGAAAAGGAAUUUGUUUAUACGGGUUGAACUCAGGGAGGAUGAUGGUGAUAUCCGUAGGCAGCCAUUGGAGGAUGCAGGACGGGAGAGAUUGGAUUAUUUGGAAGAUGGGAAGAGUGUAUUCAGAUUGCGGUUACGGCUAUGUUCUUCAUUAUACCCUGUCAAUGAACGAAUUAGAGAUUUCUUUCUUGAAUAUGAUCGGCACACUCUUCGAACAAGUCCACCAUGGGGUUCUGAACUUCUGGAGGCUAUUAAUAGUUUGAAGAAUGUUGAUUCCACUGCUUUACUUCAGUUUCUUCACCCAAUACUUAACAUGCUACUUCAUCUUAUUGGCAAUGGCGGAGAAACACUCCAGGUUGCUGCGUUUCGAGCCAUGCAGGAGUCAGUUGAUGAUGCUGAAAGAAACCAUUUUCUAGUCAACUAUGUUGAUUGUGCUUUUGAUGAUUUUGGUGGUCGUCAACCGCCUGUCUAUCCUGGACUGUCUACUGUUUGGGGAAGCUUGGCACGAAGUAAGGCCAAAGGGUAUCGUGUUGGACCUGUGUACGAUGAUGUUUUAGCUAUGGCUUGGUUUUUUCUGGAGUUAAUUGUUAAAUCAAUGGCAUUGGAGAAGACUCGCCUGUUCUAUCACAGCCUUCCAAUAGGUGAAGACAUCCCCCCAAUGCAGUUGAAGGAUGGUGUAUUCAGAUGUAUAAUGCAGUUGUAUGAUUGCCUUCUUACUGAGGUGCAUGAGCGCUGCAAGAAGGGUUUAAGCUUGGCAAAACGCUUGAACAGUAGUUUGGCUUUCUUUUGUUAUGAUCUUCUAUCCAUCAUUGAGCCACGGCAAGUUUUUGAGUUGUCCAAUUUCUUAGAUGAUUCUAGAGUAUAUCCUAGAUCCAUUGUUGGCUCACCUGCAAUUGUGAUGCUUCGUGCUGGUAGCCCUGGGAUUGAGGGGAAUUUUCCAAAAGCAUUAAUUGUAUCACUAUAUCUCGACAAAUUCUCUGGUGUAUGUCAAUCAGUUCUUCAUGAAUGCAAACUAACCUUUUUACAAAUAAUAUGUGAUCACGAUCUUUUUGUGGAAAUGCCUGGAAGGGACCCUUCAGAUAGGAACUACCUUUCUUCUGUAUUAAUACAAGAACUCUUUGUUACUUGGGAUCAUGAAGAUGUGUCGUUACGAGCGAAGGCAGCAAGAAUCUUGGUAGUGCUCUUGUGCAAACAUGAGUUUGAUGUGAGAUACCAGAAGCCUGAAGACAAGUUGUAUAUUGCUCAACUAUAUUUCCCACUUGUUGGGCAGAUAUUAGAUGAAAUGCCCGUUUUCUACAACCUUAAUGCUGUUGAAAAGCGGGAAGUUUCAAUUGUAAUUUUGCAAAUAGUUCGAAACCUUGAUGAUGCAUCCCUUGUCAAGGCAUGGCAGCAAAGCAUUGCCCGAACUAGAUUGUUUUUCAAGCUCAUGGAGGAAUGCUUGCUUCUAUUUGAGGUUACACUUUAUGCUGCAAAUUCAGUUGCUCACAAAAAACCUGCUGAUGGCAUGUUACUUGGCUCGAGUUCUCGGAACCCUGUAGGAGAGACACCUGCUUCCCCUAAGUACUCUGACAGACUUUCUCCUGCAAUUAACAACUAUCUGUCUGAGGCCUCAAGGCAGGAAGUCAGGCCUCAGGGAACACCAGAUAAUGGGUAUUUAUGGCAGAGAGUAAAUUCCCAGUUAAGCUCCCCUAGCCAGCCAUAUUCCUUGAGAGAGGCUCUCGCUCAAGCACAGUCUUCUAGGAUUGGAGCUUCUGCUCAAGCACUUCGAGAAUCUUUACAUCCACUUUUGAGACAGAAAUUGGAACUUUGGGAGGAAAAUUUGAGUGCCUCAGUCAGUCUUCAGGUUUUGGAGGUGACUGAGAAAUUCUCCAUGAUGGCAGCAUCCCACAGCAUUGCCACUGAUUAUGGAAAACUUGAUUGCAUAACUGUUGUGUUCAUGAGCUUUUUAUCAAGAAAUCAACCAUUGACUUUUUGGAAAGCAUUUUUUCCUGUAUUUAACAGUGUGUUUGAUUUACACGGGGCAACUUUGAUGGCAAGGGAAAAUGAUCGUUUUCUAAAGCAAGUCACUUUCCAUCUCCUUCGGCUUGCAGUUUUCCGAAAUGAAAACAUCCGGCAAAGGGCAGUUGUUGGGCUUCAAAUACUUGUGAGGACAGCAAGAUUGAGAGUCAUGUUGAUAAUCACGUUAUCAGAGCUAAUGUCUGAUGUGCAAGUGACUCAGAUGAGAUCUGAUGGAAGCCUAGAAGAAAGUGGCGAAGCACGGCGACUUCGGAGGUCUUUAUAUGAAAUGAAGGAUGAAACUAAAAAUACAUACCUGUUGAAGGAGUGUGGAUUACCCGAAAAUGCUCUUGUAACCAUACCAGAAAAAAUGACAGAGAAUAGGUGGUCCUGGUCUGAGGUGAAAUAUCUAUCCGAUAGCCUUCUUUUGGCCCUUGAUGGCAGCUUGGAGCAUGCACUGUUGCUUUCAAGCUAUGCUCGUAGCUGCUAUCCUGGCUAUUGGGGAAGCUCAUCUGUGAGGUUGGCAUCAGCUUUGUUGGAAAGCGGUGGUAAUGUGCAUGAUGAUAGGGCUGCUAAAUUUGGCUUUGUUAGUAGACAGGAGUUUAUAUGGUUUAACUCUUCACCGAACUGUAUCUGGGAUAGUUUUGCCCCCAUGAUGACUAUGGAUAGAUAUGCUGCUGCUGAAAGCUUCUAUAAACUGGCGAUGGCAUUUGCCCCAGUCCCUGAUCUUCACAUAAUGUGGUUGCUUCAUCUGUGUGAUGCACACCAGGAAAUGCAAUCAUGGGCAGAAGCUGCUCAAUGUGCUGUUGCUGUUGCUGGUGUUGUAAUGCAGGCCCUUGUUGCCAGAAAUGAUGGUGUUUGGAGCAAAGACCACGUUGCUGCUUUACGGAAGAUUUGUCCUAUGGUCAGCAAUGAGAUCACCUCUGAAGCAUCUGCUGCUGAAGUUGAGGGAUAUGGGGCUUCAAAACUGACUGUUGACUCUGCUGUGAAAUACUUGCAGCUUGCAAAUAAGCUCUUCUCACAAGCUGAGCUUUUUCAUUUCUGUGCAAGCAUUCUUGAACUUGUAAUACCAGUUUACAAAAGUAGGAGAGCGUAUGGACAGUUGGCUAAAUGUCACACAUUACUUACCAAUAUUUAUGAAUCAAUUCUUGAACAGGAAUCUAGUCCAAUUCCUUUUACAGAUGCAACGUACUACAGGGUUGGAUUUUAUGGUGACAGGUUUGGAAAACUUGAUAAGAAGGAGUAUGUGUACCGUGAGCCUCGUGAUGUACGUCUAGGUGACAUAAUGGAAAAACUUAGUCACAUAUACGAGUCUAGAAUGGAUGGUAAUCACACUUUGCAUAUUAUUCCAGAUUCUAGACAAGUGAAGGCAGAGGAGUUACAGCCUGGUGUCUGUUACCUUCAGAUUACAGCUGUUGAUCCAGUCAUGGAAGAUGAGGAUUUAGGAAGUAGGAGAGAAAGAAUUUUCUCUCUCUCUACAGGAAGUGUUCGAGCCCGAGUAUUUGACCGAUUCUUGUUUGAUACACCAUUUACCAAAAAUGGCAAGACUCAAGGAGGAUUGGAAGAUCAGUGGAAGAGACGCACAGUUCUUCAGACUGAGGGUUCCUUUCCAGCUUUAGUAAAUAGGCUAUUGGUAAUCAAAUCCGAGUCCCUGGAAUUCUCUCCUGUAGAAAAUGCAAUCGGAAUGAUUGAAACACGAACCGCCGCAUUAAGAAAUGAGCUUGAAGAGCCUCGAAGUUCUGAGGGUGAUCAACUUCCAAGACUCCAGAGUCUACAAAGAAUCCUCCAAGGCAGUGUUGCUGUACAAGUGAAUAGUGGAGUCUUGAGUGUUUGCACAGCCUUCUUGUCUGGGGAGCCUGCAACAAGGUUGCGGUCACAGGAACUGCAACAACUUAUAGCAGCCCUUCUGGAGUUCAUGGCUGUUUGUAAACGUGCCAUCCGCGUACAUUUCAGAUUGAUUGGCGAGGAAGAUCAGGAUUUCCACACACAACUUGUAAAUGGUUUCCAGUCACUAACAGCAGAGUUAUCACAUUACAUUCCUGCCAUUCUCUCAGAGCUAUGA